GCUGCGGGCGGAGCAGGAGAGCGAGCGGCUGAGGAGGAGCCUGGACGGGGAACAGGCGGAGCGCCGGGAUCUGCAGGCCCGGCUGGAGUCGGCGCAGGCGGAGCUGGAGCGGCUGCGGGCGGCCGAGGGCGAGAGAGCGGCGCAGCGGGAACGCUCAUCCCAGCUGGAGAAGGAGGUGGCGACGCUGAGGGAGAAAAUUCAUCACCUGGACGACAUGCUGAAAUCGCAGCAGAGGAAAGUGCGGCAGAUGAUCGAGCAGCUGCAGAAUUCCAAGAGCGAGAUCCAGGCCAAGGAGGCGGCGAUGCAGGAGCUGAAGGAGAGGGUGGCGUACCUGGAGGCUGAGAACCUGGAGAUGCACGAUCGCAUCGAGCACCUGAUCGAGGCCCAGGUGAGCCGGGGCGGGGCCGGGGGCGGAGCCCGAGCGCGAUCCAAGUCCGACACCGGCACCAGCAAACGCCUCCCGGGCCCGAAGCCGCUUCCUCUGAUCCGAGUGGUGGAAACCUGAAUUUUGGGAUCCCUCUGGAAUUUUGGGAUCCCCUUUGGAAUUUCCCCAUUCCAGAGAUUUUUCCCCAAAAGAAUUUAGGAUUUCAGGGUUUUUUUCUUUUUUUUUUUUCUGAACCAAAAUCCCAAAUUUUCCGAGGAAAAAAAUUCCAAAAAAUUUGGGAGUUACCUCCUCCGACCUCCAGCACCGACCUUGGACUUUGAAAAUCCUUUCCCAACCCCCAAAAUUCCAUUUUUUCCCCAAAAUUCCAUUUUUCCCAUAAAAUUCCAAUUAUUUCCCCCCAGAAUUCCAUGGUUUUCCAGCAGAAUUCCCAAAAAUUCCAUUUUUUCCCCCAAAGAAUUCCAUUAAUUUCUUGCAGAAUUCCAGGUUUUCCCUGCAAAAUUCCAUAAAUUUCUAAAAAUAUUCCAUGAAUUUCCAAAAAAAAAUCCACAUUUUUCCCACAGAAUUCCAU